AUGAAUGGAAGUCUAAACCCCUCACGACGGAGCUUGGGCGUCGGAGGGUAUUUGAAAUGGGUUUGGUCCUCUACUCAUCUCUCUGAUGAAGCAUUCAUCACCGGCGAGACUGUUCGCCAACAUUGCAACUUGGAGCAAUAUGGCAAUGUCGAUGUACUAAACGAUGACGUAGAACUGGCGACGACCUUUCAUGUCGUCAAAUUGCCCGAUGCUGCGGUUGAUGAAGAGAAGCCUGUGAUUAUGACAUGUGUUGUCAAUUACAAGGAUGUUUUCGACAUCGCUGCCGCUGGCCGGCCGAAAGAAAGCUGA